AUGGCGCUAUCGUGCAAUUGUCCCAUGUCGCCCCCGGGCCCUACGUUAGCGGCGGCGUGUGGAGGCGGUGCUUUCAUGUUGUUCAUGGGUCUACUAGAAGUAUUCUUGCGCAGCCAAUGUGACCUCGAAGACCCUUGUGGACGAGCACAGUUUCGUCGUCACAUGGAUUCAGUGUACGACUUCAUCGUAGUGGGCGGAGGGUCCGCUGGCUCCGUAAUGGCAGCGAGAUUAUCCGAAGUACCUGAAUGGCGAGUUCUUCUUUUAGAAGCUGGUUUUGACGAACCCACUGGUGCACAAGUACCUUCGAUGUUUUUAAACUUCAUCGGCUCUAGCAUCGACUGGGGCUACCACACGGAGCCAGAACCAGCGGCUUGUCUUGGAGAGAAGGAUAGAAAAUGUUAUUGGCCUAGAGGAAAAGUUUUAGGAGGAACUUCUGUCAUGAACGGUAUGAUGUACAUUCGGGGUUCGCGAAAAGACUACGACAGUUGGGCGGCUGCUGGCAAUGAAGGGUGGUCAUACGAUGAAGUACUGCCGUAUUUCCUCAAAUCUGAAGAUAAUAAACAAAUUGAGGAAAUGGAUAAAGGGUAUCACGCUACGGGUGGGCCUUUGACCGUCUCGCAAUUUCCUUACCAUCCACCACUAAGUCAUAGCAUUGUUAAAGCUGCUGAAGAACUAGGCUUUGAAAUAAGAGAUCUAAACGGUGAAAAACACACUGGAUUCUCAAUAGCUCAAACUACAAACAGAAAUGGUUCCCGAUUAAGUGUAGCGCGAGCGUUCCUCCGUCCAGCCAAAAACCGACCUAAUCUACACAUCAUGUUAAAUGCAACUGUUUCCAAGAUCCUCAUAAACCAAACAACACGACAGGCCUAUGCGGUUGAAGUGAGAAACAGUUUUGGCGGCACGGAAGUGAUUUUCGCCAAUCAUGAAAUUAUCUUAAGUGCGGGCGCGGUUGCAUCGCCUCAAAUUCUUCAGCUAAGCGGUAUAGGUGACCCUAAAGUGUUGAACCGCGCGGGCGUGAGGCCAUUACACGUAUUACCAGCUGUGGGAAGAAAUCUCCACAACCACGUGGCACACUUCCUUAAUUUCCACGUGAACGAUAAUAACACAGUACCACUCAACUGGGCAACUGCUAUGGAAUAUCUUCUGUUCAGAGAUGGACUUAUGUCUGGGACAGGUAUAUCCGAAGUAACUGGUUUCAUCCACACAAAGUACUCCGAUCCUUCCGAGGACAACCCUGACAUACAACUCUUUUUCGGCGGUUUCCUCGCGGACUGUUCUAAGACCGGCAUGGUCGGGGAGAAACUCGGAGAAGGAUUCAGAAGUGUUCAGAUGUUCCCGGCUGUGUUACAUCCGAAAAGUAGAGGAAGAUUGGAGAUCGCUAGCUCAGAUCCGUUUGAGUAUCCCAAGAUUUAUGCUAACUAUCUGACACAUCCCGACGAUGUAAAAACCUUAGUCGAGGGCAUCAAGUUUGCCAUCAGACUCUCAGAAACGAAGGCGCUCAAGAAAUACGGAAUGAGGUUGGAUAAAACGCCAGUUAAAGGUUGCGAGAAAAUUAAGUUCGGUUGUGAUGCGUAUUGGGAAUGUGCGGUCAGGACUCAAACAGCUCCGGAAAAUCAUCAGGCGGGCUCUUGUAAGAUGGGACCUAGAGGAGACCCUACGGCUGUCGUCGAUAAUUUGUUACAGGUCCAAGGUCUAGAUCGUCUCCGCGUGGUAGACGCUAGUGUGAUGCCGUCAGUUACAUCAGGUAACACAAACGCACCUAUCAUCAUGAUAGCAGAGAAAGCGGCCGACUUUAUCAAACAACGCUGGCUUGGAACUACACCUGUGAGUAUAUUAAAAACAUUAAAAAAUCACAUCAAACCUUAUUAA